AAUUGUCGAGUGCGAAAUUUAGGCGACCGAACGAGCCCGUGACGUUGAUCAUCGGAGAACCGGAAAUGUACAUAAACAAGGAUAGCACUAUGAACUUGACCUGCGUCGUGCGGCAUAGUCCCGAGCCACCCUUGACCAUUUACUGGACACACGAUCAUGAGGUGAUCAAUUAUGACAGUCCAAGAGGCGGGGUAUCGGUUAUCACGGAGAAGGGCGAGGUAACGACGUCAUACCUUUUAAUUCAACGUGCUCAACCGGCGGACAGCGGACAAUACACCUGCCAUCCCAGUAAUGCUAACACAAAGACAGUCUUAGUUCAUGUACUUAAUGGGGAACAUCCAGCUGCGAUGCAGCACGGCGGACAGCUCAGAUUAGCCAAUUUACCUUUUGUAAUGAUCUCGACGACGCUUUUGACCUUCUUGAAUCAUCCUUAUUAGAACGUAGAACGCUGGACCAUCGUGAGAAACGUUAGUUAGACAUAUUCCUUUCGAUUUUUCUUUUCGCACUCUCGAGCGUUUGAUUUUUCUUCGGGAGGAAGAAGAACUUAUAUCACCCACGCCGCUCCGAACACUCCACGCAGCUCGUAUGAAUAAACGAUCGAUAGAGUAAACUGCACAAGUUCGAGAGUCCUUCUAUGCGCGAUAACGUGAUUUAUAUUGUACACUUGUUGUUUGGAUACGUUGUUACCAAACGCUGUUAUACUAUCGUCGUUCGCUAUGAUUUAUUGUUAUUAAAUAUUUUUAAACGGAGAAUAGUCUUUAUAUAAGUGAUAUAGUCCUCAAUCAAAAACUAUAUAGUCUUUAUACCUUGCGAGAAUUAUUAGAUGUUCUUUAUCACGGACUGCGAACCGUCGCCUACGAUAUUGCCUACGUCAAUAAGCACGUACCUCGCGAAAGUCUGUAGGCGAAUAUAAAUGGACGUGAGAGAAAGAAAGAAUACCUUUUGGAACGGGAAAGCAUUGUAACAUACUGAAAGAUAUAUAAGAACAACACCGAGAGCGACGAACCGGAAAGCAAAAGCGGCAGAACGGUCUCGAGUGGCAAGUAAAAAGAUAUAAAAAAAAACAGGAAAUUUUCGUUGAUGCUGAAGCAUUGUAAAUGUGCGAUUCAGGGCGAAGACAGGGUAACGAAAAUUGAAUACAUUUGCGAAGAUAUUUGCCAGUUAGUUAAUUUCGAGAGCUCAGACCCGAGCAACAGGUAACGUAAUAUCUAUUUUGCUUUACCAUGUUUUACAAGACAAUACGUUGCGCUUGCCAAAAAAAAAACUACGUACAUGCUACAGAAAUAAUUUAGAUUUUAACAUAGAAAAUUGCGUGUUAAAAUCUAUUAUUAUGUUGAGAGAAGAGAACCACUUAUAAAAACAAAAACAAAAAAAAAAUAUAUAUAUAUAUAUAAUACACUGUAAAGCCGCUAAAAUGGAAAUAUUCGAUGAUGUAUGAAUGAACGUGUUACGCUGAGGCAUGAGUGGAAUCAUUCACAUAAAACGCAUAACGACGUAAGUUUCUGAGAGAAAAUUGUUCUCUAACGAUCGUCUUCGACGGGUAACUCCGAUAAGUUUGACGUAACUCAAAUGAAAUUAUGAAGAAUGCGCUUCGGUAAUCGAAUGUUGUGUAAUCACGUAAUCAAUUAAAUUUCUAUUCUUCGAUUCGAUUUAUCAAUCGUAGCACUUUAUUUGAUAUUAAAACUUUAUUUGGCAUUAAAACUAAUUUAUUUGGUGUGGAUUAGUGUGGAUCUAUACUGCUUCGGAUAACUGUUAUAGAGCUCUAAUGACGAUAAUUAUGAAGAAAGAGGAUAAUUAUAAUUUUGGUAUUUAUUGCGGAUUAUAACAUUCAAGGUAACUAUCGAGGAAAAAUUGUCCCUGUUUAUCGUGCAUUGAUAUGUAACAUACGUCUUCGCUUUGAUGUCCUACUUUUGAUGUAUUCUGUUAUUACGCAAAAAAAGACUUAUCAUUGUGUGAAGAUUUUAAUGAUUCUAAUAUUUACUCAAAAAGAACACCAUAAAGCAACUUGAGUUAGAUUGUGCGUCUUGAAAAUUUCGAUUUUUUAACGAGUUAAACAGACGAUUUUCAGAUUUAUAGCAUCUUGCUCUCAGGACAUAUAUGCUUGUAUAUCAUUGUCGCGCUACGAAUUAGGACAUGUAUAUUGUGCGUUUGGCCGUGAAAUUACUCGAAUUUAUGUGGGUAAUUUGAGACUCUCGACCACUUCUUGAUUUGGCGAGUCUGUUUAGAUAAUAGCUAUUUGUUAUUAUCGUGCAAAUAAAUCAGUUAUGAUUAAAUCAUACGUACUGAUCGUGCGUCAUUUAUGGUAUCGUCGUUCUGUUCUAAUUUUGAGUACAAACGACAUACAUUCGAAAAUUAGAUCUAGUUUUAUAGAUUUAUUAAUGAUAUUAAAUCACACAGAAGUAAACAACGAGAGGUUGGAUGCGAGAAUCAAAAUUUAAAGCCUAUUUGGAUCGCGAUAAGCGAUCUGCUAUAUUAUGUAUAUACAGAAUGUCCCGCAGUGUGCUUCCUAGGAAUUACGGACUUGUUAGCGAAUUCGAGAGGAAGAGGAAGAGAGAGACAAGUCGAUACUUCCUUAGCUAAAAUCUUGUUUGUACAUAAACUUAUAAUGAUCAAUACUAAAAAAUACAAUGGUAAAUCUCAAAA